AGGGAAGGAGCAGAGUCGGGCAUCUGCAGGAAGAAUGUCGAACAAGUGUGCAACCAAGGGUGCGGACCCGGAGCCCAUGCUGGGCACGGAACCCUUUGAAGACACAGUGCAGCGGCUACGGGAGGCCUUCAAGUCAGGGCGGACACGGCCGGCUGCAUUCCGGGAGGAGCAGCUAGAGGCCCUGGGCCGCUUCCUCCGGGAAAAGCAAGAGCUGCUGUAUGAAGCGUUGGCCCAGGACCUGCAGAAGUCACCCUUGAACUCAGACAUAUCUGAGAUUAUUCUAUGCCAGAAUGAGGUAGACCUGGCCCUCAAGAACCUGAAGACCUGGAUGAAGGACAAACCAGCAAGCAAUAACUUGCUCACAAAGUUGGACUCUGCCUUCACCCGGAAGGAGCCCCUUGGUCUGGUGCUUAUCAUUGCCCCCUGGAACUACCCUGUGAAUCUGACCCUGGUGCCACUGAUCGGGGCCAUUGCAGCAGGGAACUGUGUGAUACUGAAGCCACCUGAAAUAAGCAAGAGGAUAGAGAAGGUGCUGACUGAGGUGCUGCCCCAGUACCUGGACCAGAGCUGCUUUGCGGUGGUGCCAGGUGGGCCCGAGGAGUCCCAGAAGAUGCUGCAGCACAAGUUUGACCAUAUCUUCUUUACAGGGAGUGCUCGUGUAGGCAAGAUUGUCAUGGCUGCUGCCGCCAAACACCUGACGCCCGUCACCCUGGAGCUGGGGGGCAAGAACCCCUGCUAUGUGGAUGACAACUGUGACCCUCAGACUGUGGCCAACCGCCUGGCUUGGUUCCGCUACUUCAACACCGGCCAGACCUGCGUGGCUCCUGAUUACGUCCUGUGCAGCCAGGAGAUGCAGGAGCGGCUGGUGCCGGCCUUGCAGAAUGCCAUCACUCGUUUCUAUGGCGAUGACCCCCGGAGCUCCCCCGACCUGGGCCGCAUCAUCAGCCAGAGACAUUUCAAGCGGCUCCACGAACUUCUGAGUUGUGGCCGUGUGGUCAUUGGUGGUCAGAGUGAUGAGGAUGAUCUCUACAUUGCACCCACAGUGCUGGUGGACGUGCAGGAGACAGAGCAGGUGAUGCAGGAGGAGGUUUUCGGGCCCAUCUUGCCCCUGAUGACUGUGAGGAGCCUGGACGAGGCCAUCGACUUCAUCAACCGUCAGGAGAAGGCACUGGCCUUGUAUGUCUUCUCUAACGACAGCAAGGUAGUAAACCAGGUGCUGGACCAGACCAGCAGCGGCAACUUCGGAGGCAACGAUGGCUUCCUGUACAUGACUCUGCCAUCUCUGCCAUUCGGAGGAGUUGGGAAAAGUGGAAUGGGCAGGUACCAUGGCAAGUUCUCCUUCGACACCUUCUCCAACCACCGUGCCUGUCUGCUUGCUCCCUCGGGCCUGGAGAAGCUCAAUGAGGUCCGCUACCCACCCUAUAGUUACCAGGCCCAGAAAUUCCUGAGAUGGGCCAUGAGGUCCCACAGCUGCACCCUUCUGUGAGGACUGCCCAUCUCCAGUGCCCAUCAAGAGCUCUGCCAUCUGCUGCUGGGGACUGCCUAGACCCUGACCUGCUCUGAGCUAACAGCUGCUGCCCACCUGCUCAGUGAUUCCUGGAAGACAGGUGUCCAGCCCAGGCCAUGAAGACCCCACUCCAGGGACUUUUUCUGAACAGAUCUCCAGCUAGGCAGAGCCUCUGGUGGCUGGUCCGGUCCCUCUCUAUAUUGAAGUCCACUCUGAAGCCUCUUAUCCCUCUGAUUAGAUAGAUCUGGUGAUGUGGAACCUCUGUGCCCCCCAGCUUGGAAAUUUCUGUGGCUAGAGAAGAUUCUAUAAAUAGAUGAAUGAAUAGGAUCCCACAAGGCUGAGCAAUUGCUACCAGCUCCAUGGACAGCUGGCGGGCCUGGGAGUCCGCCUGACCUGUUGUCAUCAGAUCUGAAAU